GGGAUUCGCAACAUUAUUUGCCAGGUGGCUAAAAGUGAUUAGUGCGUGUUGAAGAGAAUUAAAGCUUUCUUGUUCGCCAAUUGAUUUGAAGAAACUAGAAAAACUUAUCGUAAUCGCUUGUACAAGAGAUUCGAAGCAUCAAAUGGCGUCAUCGAAAUGGCGAAGUUCAUGGAAACGCCCUGGUAGCAACAAGAAGGAGCAUCAAGAUUCUCUCAAAACCAAAAGCAAUCUCACAGGCCUGAAACAUGCACUUCAUGGAACGUCGUAUCAAUUGAAGCUGGGAAUCGUUGUUUCCCUAGCGAAUGUUAAGAAGACUUUGGUUUCAACCGAAAAAUACAGCUUUACAGUUACGGCAGAGGAUCCUACAGCCGGAAAAUUCGAUGAUAUUGUGUAUGCUUUUCAAGAUGGCAACAAAACCGGAACUCUGAAGAUUCAAUCGAAACACAAGCUGAGUUCAUCUCCCUGUAAGAGUGGACUUCAGGAUGGGAACUCAUCAGCUAAAGAGAUACAUGUGCAACACAAACAGGAAUCAUCCAUCCCCAAGAUUACACUGAAUGACCUCAUCGCAGACUCAAAAAAUGAUUUUUUUAUCCAGCAAUACUUCAAAUCAUACCGUGACCAACCACAAGGAGCUAUAAAAAAUGAUGUGGAAGGAUUGAUCAUUUGCACCAACGCGGAUUUAGAUGACGACGCAAAAGUAAUGUGGAACGAAAUAGAUGCAGCUGUCCUGACCGAUUCAACGACUUCUUUGGAUUCCUACAUCUCAUCAUUAUUCGAUAAGGCUGGAGAACCCGGUAACCCAUUUCUGGUUUCGUGAAUCAGAAAGACAACAAAGUUCCGCCAACAUUAGCAUAACUGCAAGCGACAUUUGUUUUGG